AUUUUUCAAAGCUUUAUAGCGCUUAUCACCUAUCCCCGUCCUCCCCGCCGCGAAGCUAUUCCCAGCUUUAGCCAUGAUUAGCUCGAGUACAUAGUAUUACCUCCCACUAUGCGGUCGCAAUUGGCCCGCCAUGCCUUGCGACGGCUUCUUGCGAGCGAGGCAACGGCCACCCUCCCUGCCACAUUUCUCCUCCCAAGACCGACCACUCGUAUAUAUCCCAUGAGGUGUAGGGUUUCUAGGACUGUACAAAGAAGACAUUUUAUGAAAUUGUUUCAAAAACCUCCGCGGGCGUUAAAAGAGCUUGACUCCGAACCGGGAUAUGAGGUUUUGCUUCAAUUUGGUGCUGCACAAAACGAUAGUCUUAGGCCUCCUCCCCCGGCCGAACUUGUCGGAGCAUGGCGGGAAUUCUUUACGUUUAAGGCUCGGUUUGGCCGGGUUGUCAAUUCCACCCAGGCUAUGUGCGCCCACCGAGUGCUCCUCCAUCUUUCGAGUCGCUCUACCAAUGAUCCAAAUAUGCAAUUAUCCGACGAUGACCUUCGAAUUGCGAGGGAGUGUUUACUGAAAACACCGAGAGACCACUUUACCGACCAUCUUGAGCUUUCGACAGCGAUUUACACCGAGUUGAAGGAGAGGGGCACACAACAAGCAAAGGAUUUCUAUGCAUUAUUAGCUGCAUUAUCGCAAUAUGGGAAGGCUCUCGAAGCGAAAGACUUGGCGUUGGACUACGUUGGUAGAAAGAAGGGCGAGGAGCCUGACAUAGUCCGAUUGAGGCAUUUCUUGCCCGUUAUUCGGGGUCUCGCUCAGGAGGAUCGUGAACCGGAACUUCUCGACUUAGUUUCGCAGGCAAAGAAGGCAGGUCUUGAUUAUGAUCCGACCCUUCACGGCAUUAUGACCACUUUUUUUGCGCAACGCAAUAACGUCGGAGAGACGAAACACUGGUUCAAUAAACCGAUACAGAAAGACUUUCCCCCGGCUCCUACGACAUAUUAUGAGAUACUUAAAUUUGCGCUUCGCAAUGAUCAACAAGAAUGGGCUAUGGGUAUUUACCAAAAUCUCAUCUCCAGAUUAGAAUCGGGGCCUCUACGUACCAGCAAGCCUUGUUGGGAUACAGCCCUGCAAUGGGCUGUUUUAUUACUUGGAAAGGGGAUUGAUCAUGUUGAACAUAUGAUAAAUGUUGCUUACGAACAGAGUCGAGACAAACCGAAUUCUCAGCCCAAUACAGGGACAAUGAAUGGUCUCAUUAAGAUUGCUAUCGACAAGGAUGAUCCGUACCUGGCCGAACGGUUCAUCGCAUUGUCGAAAAAGCUAGGAUUUGAACCGAAUUACAAAACCUAUACACUCCAGUUAGAAUAUCGCAUACACGCCGGCGAUCUCGACGGCGCAUUUGCUGCCUAUCAAUCUCUCCAAGGCCUAGAAGAACCAACGAAAGACAGGGAACUACCCGUCUUAAAUUCCUUAAUCCGCGCCAUGUGUUCUGAAUCUAGUCCUAACCAUGAACGGGUUCUCGAUGUCACCAGUUAUCUCGAACAACGGCGUGUAACACUGGAACCUGAAACGGUGGUAUCUAUUUGUAUGGCGUUCCUGAAAAACGAUGAAACCUACGAAGUGAUAGAUACACUAUCACUUCAUACAGUCCACUAUAGCGUUGCAGAGCGCUCUAUGGUCCGAGAAGCCUUUGUGCAAUAUUGCACAGAUAAGAAGAACAGUACCGCUCGAGUAUGGGAUGCAUAUGCGUUAUUGCGCCAAUUCUUCCCCGAACUAGAGGUUGAAUACCGAGUAGCGAUCAUGGACUCCUUUUUCGAUAGGCGGCGAGCGGAUAUGGCUGUACAUGUAUUUGGUCAUAUGCGCGCUCACGACAACCCCCAUCUCCGCCCCACCCUAGACACAUAUGUCCGCUUCAUGGAAGGAAUAGGCAGGGCUCCGGAUAAGGAUGCUUUAAAAUCGGUUCACAACAUGUUGAAAAUGGACGCAGCGAUUCAACCCAACACGCUCUUAUAUAAUGCGCUCAUGAUUGGAUAUGCUGCAUGUAAUUUGCCCUACCGAGCACUAGAUUUCUGGAAGGAGAUCACUACGUCCCGUGAAGGACCAUCAUACGCAACACUUGAAAUUGCGUUUAGAACUUACCAAAUUACACCCGAUGGUGAUGGCCUCGCUGAUGAGUUAUGGGCCAAGAUACGGAGAAUGGAGAUCGACGUCCCUGAGAACGUUUACGCGGCGUACGUGGUAGCCGUGGCCGCACAUGGCCAUGUUACAAAAGCGGAGACGCUCUUGGAGGAUAUGGAUGAGGUGGUCGGGAAGCGGCCCGAUCUUCAUAACCUCGGUAUGGUGUUCAAUGUCCUACCCUCACAAGAGAAGAAAGACGAGUUCGAAACAUGGGCAAAAGAAGCCCACCCUAGAGCGUGGACAGCGCUAAGAGAAAAAUACGGCAGGAGGCGAGACGAAGAAGGGCUCGUGAUAUUUAAACUCCGAAGGCCGUGGAAGGCGUGAUGAUUGAUAUGAAUGAAUUGAUCUUUGUACAACAUUAUUCAUACAUAUAUUUAGAUGGCUAUCUCUGUA